AGGGCUUGGGGUGGAACCUGGGGGGCCGCUAGUGCACCGAGCCACGCUCCUCGGGACGGAGGUCGGCGCUCGAGUACGGAGGGCGUGCAGAGGGCCAGAGAAAGCCUUCUCGAGCCACGGGGGGUCAUGGAGAGGACACUGACUUGGGGUCAGGAAGGGGAUAAAAUGUUUCGCUGUGAAGUGCCCGGUGGCACCUUCGCCGGACGUCAGGCCGCGUUGCCCGGGUAACCGAGCGCGUGCCUUGCGGACGCUCCGCCUCCGGCGCGGACGCCCUGCCCCAGGCUGCGGACGCCCCGCCCCUCCCGCUGGGGCUGCCCUCGGCCCUGCCUGAUAGGCCGUGCGGGAUUCCCAGGGCCUUUGGUACUGUCGCGCUCUCCCCGUGGGCCCGGAGUGCGGGCCACUCGCUGCAGGCCUGGACGAUGGCGUGGCGGGCGCGGAGGCGACAGGUCCAGGGUUCCCUGGAGCUCCGGCUCCGCUCAGGGCUACCUACUAAGGGGCCUCCCGCGCAAGGCCCGCCUUUUUGUCAAAAUGGCAGCGCCCAGCGUCUUCCCACGGGAGCCGUGAGAGGGGUGUGAGAGCCUUCCCCACGAGAGUAAGCGGGCCCACGGCGCUCCAGACUUUAAACACCCAGGUCUGCGUCUCCCGGCGAGCGGUGGAAUCCAUGAAAGAAGUUUCCACAAUGGUUUGUUCAGCUCUCAGAAGAGUUGCCCACGUGCGUGUCUACCUGGUGAGGAUGGCAAGUAGUGUCUCCAGAGGCCACCAGCAUCCGGCCUUGGGCUCAAGGCCUGCUACUUCAGAGUCUGCUGCCCGAGGAGCUCUAGGUGGUGUGGUGGAGCUGUUGGGCCAGUCCUACCCUCAGGAUGACUACAGCAAUCUCUCCCAGAAAGUCCUCUCCAGAGUUGGCAGAAAUCUGCACAACCAGCAGCAUCACCCUCUUUGGUUGAUCAAGGAGAGGGUGAAGGAGCACUUCUACAAGCAAUAUGUGGGCCGCUUUGGGACUCCGCUGUUCUCAGUCUAUGACAACUUUUCUCCGGUGGUCACGACCUGGCAGAACUUUGACAGCCUGCUCAUCCCAGCUGAUCACCCCAGCAGGAAGAAGGGAGACAACUAUUACCUGAAUCGGACUCACAUGCUCCGAGCGCACACCUCUGCGCACCAGUGGGACCUGUUGCAUGCUGGGCUGGAUGCCUUCCUGGUGGUGGGUGAUGUUUACAGGCGUGACCAGAUCGACUCCCAGCAUUACCCAGUUUUCCACCAGUUGGAGGCCGUGCGGCUCUUCUCCAAGCACCAGUUAUUUGCUGGUGUAAAGGAUGGAGAAAGCCUGCAGCUCUUUGAACAGAGUUCUCGUUCUGCCCACAAACAAGAGACGCACACCAUGGAGGCCAUGAAGCUCGUAGAGUUUGACCUGAAGCAAACACUUACGAGGCUUGUGACACAUCUUUUUGGAGAUGGUCUGGACAUUAGAUGGGUAGAGUGCUACUUUCCUUUUACUCACCCUUCCUUUGAGAUGGAGAUCAACUACCAUGGAGAAUGGCUAGAAGUUCUUGGCUGUGGAGUGAUGGAACAACAACUGGUAAAUUCAGCAGUGCCUGUUUCAAGUCUCCUGUCUUACUCUGCCUUAGCGCUCAUGGCCCUGCCAUAUCUGAACAGCACACUUCACCUUUGCACUGGUGCUCAAGAUAAAAUUGGCUGGGCCUUUGGCCUAGGAUUAGAAAGACUGGCCAUGAUCCUCUAUGACAUCCCUGACAUCCGCCUCUUCUGGAGUGAGGAUGAGCGCUUCCUGAAGCAGUUCCGUGUGUCUGAUAUCAACCAGAAGGUGAAAUUUCAGCCUCUUAGCAAAUAUCCUGCUGUGAUAAAUGACAUUUCAUUCUGGUUGCCCUCGGAGAAUUACACAGAAAAUGAUUUCUAUGACUUAGUACGAACAAUUGGAGGAGAUUUGGUGGAAAAAGUUGAUCUUAUAGACAAGUUUGAACAUCCAAAGACACACAAGACCAGCCACUGCUACCGCAUCACCUACCGCCACAUGGAGCGGACUCUGUCCCAGAGGGAGGUGACUCGCAUCCACCAGGCUGUGCAGGAGGCCGCGGUGCAGCUGCUGGCCGUGGAGGGCAGGUUUUGAUGGCGCAGCAGCACCGGGAAUACGGCCCUCAGGUCUCUCGGAUUCACUGAAGAAAGGAUAUUGUUUUGAUAAAAGCGUCGGUUUUAGGACUUUCAGACAAUAAAGGAUCACUCCUGAAAAACUGUUGA